AUGAAUAGCUUAAAAUCUGUAGAAGUCAAACCAAUUUAUCUUUUUCUAACUGGAGGUGGUGGUGCAGGCAAAAGUCAUUUGAUUAAAGCAAUAUAUCAUACAGCAGUUAAAACUUUCAGCCAUCCCCCAUUUAAUCCUACAUUACCAACUGUCUUGUUGAUGGCACCGACAGGUGCUGCCGCGAUAAAUAUUGAUGGAACCACAGUAAAUACAGGACUUGGUAUUCCUAAAGAAACUGGUACAUAUCUUCCGGCAAUGUCUGACCAGAAGAAAACGCAAUACAGGCUUACUUUGAAAGAAACAAAGCUUUUACUUAUAGACGAAAUUUCUAUGGUCGGAAACACAACUCUCUUACAUGUCCAUCAGCGAUUAAAAGAAAUAUUUGGUUCUUCUGAUAUAUUUGCAGGCAAGAGUAUUAUAGCUGUGGGUGACCUAUACCAGCUUCCUCCAAUUAAGAAGAAAGCAGUCUUUGAAAAUUUUAAAAUUGAAACUUACAAUCUUUGUCAUCCAUGGAGUGUUUUUAAAAUGACUGAACUUACAGAGAUCAUGAGGCAAAAAAAUGAUAGGGCGUUUACUGAAUUGCUUAACAGAAUACGAACAGCUUCACAUACAGAAAAUGAUAUUAAAGUUAUUAAUUCCAGAUGUAUUACACCAUCUAAUCCAAACUACCCAUCUGACGCACUUCACAUUUGGGCUGAAAAUACUCCUGUUAAUGAAUACUGUAGUAUCCCAGAAUCCUUUGGGGUUCGGGCCAUUGUGUACUGA